UCAGUUUCGCUUGGAAUUUCUGGCCGGUCAAUUUCUCUCUCUGGUCCUGCUCGCAUCCUUCCUUUGUGAUCACUGUGGUUGGAUUUUUUUUUGAAAUCCUCUCCCUCUCUCUCUUCCGAAUCCAGGGCUGAAAUUAUCGAAGUAACUGAAAAACAAAGGUGGCAAAUACACAGAGCCGGCGGAUGUGAAGAUGUUUUGAAGAGGAGACGCGGUUUUUCCUGCCUGUUCCCUAUCUGUGUCCUCUCCCUCUCCCUCUGUCUCGCUCUCUCUCUUUCUCCUGUCUAUGGGAGCGUGUUAGCAACGCCUGACAAAGUGAGGGGGGAUUAUAAAGGGCUCCGGACAAGCUUGUAACAGUUUUGACACACUGAACAUGUCGCGUUGGCCUGCCUUUUCUACGCGGGGAUUUCUGUGGAGGAUUCUGUGGGUUACUUGUAGUUUGCAAAACUGUUUCUGGGUGCGGGCCUGCCCGGGGAACUGUAUCUGCAAAAUCAGCCAGAUUUACUGCAAUCAACCCGAUAAUGUCACCAUUUUCCCCGUCCUGGAUUUGCAGGAGAUGGAGAACGUUACGGAAAUACACAUCGAGAACCAGAAGAGUCUUCAAACAUUGAAUGCUUUUGAUAUGGAGCCUUAUAUUGGACUCCAGAAUCUGACAAUCAUAAAUUCAGGACUACGGUUGAUUGCUCCACGAGCUUUUGCCAAAAAUCCUCACCUUCACUACAUCAAUCUCUCGGGUAAUCAUCUCACCAGCCUUUCCUGGCAGCCCUUUAGGACACUGCAACUCGCCCAGCUUAUUCUGGUUGGAAACCUAUUCAAUUGCAGCUGUGAAAUCCGCUGGAUCCAGCUGUGGCAGGAAGCUAGCGAAGCUCAGUUAGAUCGGCAGCAGCUGUACUGUAAGACCGAAAGCUCCAGCAUCCUCCUUUCCCACAUGAACAUCCCACAGUGCGACUCAGUUGUUGAAAUGAAUCCAGCAGAUUUUUGGGCAAAAGCUCAGGAGGGGGGGUGGUUGACUCUCAGCAGCUGGGAGACCAAACGUAUUGUAAAAGACCCGACCAACAAUAAUCUGACGAUGGUCUCUGCUGUAAACUUGACCCUAUUUAAUGUUGAUCAGAAGGAUAAUGGAAAACUGCUGACAUGCAUCGCGGAAAACGUGGUGGGGAUGACGAAUGCCUCAGUGCUGUUACAUGUUUACUUUCCACCUCAUAUCAGUGAGCUAACAGAGCCUGAACAGCGACACAUGCACUGUAUUGAGUUCACCGUCUUCGGCAACCCCUUGCCUACCAUUCAUUGGUUGCACCGGGGCCACCGGUUAAAUGAGACCGACUACAUCAAAACCGAGGUCUAUGAUGAGUCGACGGACUGGCUCCAUGGGUGCCUGCUCUUUGACAAACCCACCCACUACAACAACGGGAACUAUACCCUUGUGGCUGAAAACAACUUGGGAUUGGACACAGAGACGGUCUAUGCUCAUUUCCUGGGUAUCCCAUUUCCUGAAAUCCUGGAGAACCCCUUUUACAUUCCAUCAUUUGAAGUGACAACAGGCCCUCCAGUCAGUGUAACCCACAAGCCCGAGGGAGACACUUUUGGUGUCUCCAUCGCUGUUGGACUUGCUGCAUUUGCCUGUGUCCUCCUGCUCGUCUUGUUCAUAAUGAUUAACAAAUAUGGACGCCGUUCCAAAUUUGGAAUGAAGGGGCCAGUAGCUGUGAUCAGUGGUGAGGAAGAUUCUGGAAGCCCACUCCACCACAUCAACCAUGGGAUUAUCACACCCUCAUCCAUGGAUGUUGGACCAGACGCUGUCGUUAUUGGGAUGACCCGGAUCCCAGUGAUUGAAAAUCCUCAGUAUUUCCGUCAGGCUCACAGCCUCGGGAAAUAUCCAGAGACACAUGUACAGCACAUCAAGAGGAGGGACAUUGUUCUGAAACGAGAGCUGGGUGAGGGAGCUUUCGGGAAAGUUUUCUUGGCCGAAUGUUACAAUUUGAGCCCAACCAAGGACAAGAUGUUGGUGGCAGUUAAGACUCUGAAAGAUGCCACUGUCUCAGCACGAAAAGACUUCCAACGAGAAGCCGAGCUCCUCACCAAUCUUCGGCAUGAACACAUUGUGAAAUUCUACGGUGUCUGUGUUGAUGGCGAUCCUCUCAUCAUGGUUUUUGAAUACAUGAAGAAUGGAGACUUGAACAAGUUCCUGAGGGCUCGUGGUCCAGAUGCGAUGAUUCUGGUGGAUGGGCAACCACGGUUGAAAGGGGAAAUGAGUAUCUCUCAGAUGUUAAACAUCGCCACACAGAUUGCAUCUGGUAUGGUGUACCUGGCCUCACAACACUUUGUUCACAGGGAUCUGGCCACUCGCAACUGUCUGGUUGGAGGAAAUGUGCAGGUUAAAAUUGGAGAUUUUGGAAUGUCGAGAGAUGUCUACAGUACAGAUUAUUACAGGGUGGGUGGUCACACCAUGCUUCCAAUUCGCUGGAUGCCUCCUGAGAGUAUAAUGUAUCGCAAGUUCACUACUGAGAGUGACGUCUGGAGCUUCGGAGUGAUCCUGUGGGAGAUCUUCACCUACGGCAAACAGCCCUGGUUCCAGCUCUCAAAUAACGAGGUGAUUGAAUGCAUCACGCAAGGCCGUGUGUUGGAGAGGCCGAGAGUGUGCCCUAAGGAGGUCUACGACAUCAUGCUGGGAUGUUGGCAGCGAGAGCCACAGCAGAGGCUGAGUAUCAAAGACAUUCAUCGGAUCCUCCAGGCUCUGGGCAAGACCUCACCCAUCUACCUGGAUAUUCUCGGCUAG